AACAACAAUGUCAAACGAGUCCCAUCUCUCCUUUCAACUUUCAAGUUUCAACCCAGCCCUGGAGCUUAAGCUAUAGCAAUUAGCAAAUAGGAAAGUUUCUGAGAAAAAGUGAGUGGUAAAUUUUAGGGUUCUAGAUCCAAAAAAAAAUUGAUCGGAAAAAGUUAAAAAAAAAAAAAAAUGGCAAGUCAAUCGGAGGAAGAAGCUGUUCCUAUGGAGAAGAGGCCCGGAAUCUUGUUCAUCGGAUCACCCACCGUCGGCAAAAGAACUCUCAUCUCUCGAUUACUGGGUUUGGACUUGGACGAUGGUUCGGAUUCUUCACCGUCUCAGUUGGCGGUUCAUGGGUGGAGUAUCAAUACUAAGUACUACACAGCUGAUGUGGCUGUGUGGAUGGCUCAUCUUGAUGAGCAGUUUUCGAUUGAGAAGGUUCCAAUGUAUGAUCAGCUAGUUGCUUUGAUUAUGGUGUUUGAUACAACUGAGUUGUCAUCUCUUGUUGCACUUCAGAAAUGGGUGUCGCGCAAUGAUCUUCAGAAAUUCGAUAUAUUGUUGUGCAUAGGGAAUAAAGUUGAUCUUGUGCCAGGUCACCCAGUUCAUGUGGAGUAUAGGAGACGUCUGCUGAAGAUUGGGGAGCCUUUUGCUGAUUCCCAGUCGGAUGUUACUGAGUAUGGAAUCUCUGAAACUGAUGGGAGCAGUUUACUGGGGGAGGAUGAACCAGCUUGGGAGGCUAGAGGGUCGUGUUUGGAAUGGUGCACGGAGAAUAACAUUGAGUACAUUGAAGCUUGUGGUUCGAAUGCUGAGUUUGACAAAUGUUUGUCAGUUGAUGGCGAUUCACAAGGUGUUGAACGACUCUUUGGUGCUCUUUCUGCACAUAUGUGGCCUGGAAUGAUUCUGAAAACAGGCGAUAAGAUUACUGAACCAUCAUUACCUGAAAGAGAAGACUCGUCAGAAGAAGAAUCUGAUUAUGAAUUCGAGUAUGAUGUCCUAUCGGCGGGUUCAGCUGAACCUUUUGAUGACACAGAUAAAGGAUGGGGAUGGGUUUCUGCCAGUGAUGUUGCUGGAACCUCAGAAAUGGGAAGACUGGAUGCUCAUAAUAAUCUUGUCCAAGAGAAUGGAACUACUAGCGCUAAUGAGGAGAUGCAUGCCUCUACAUCAACGGCUGCAUUACAUAGUGAUAUCAACAAGGAAGUAGUGGUGCCCAAUGCGGAAGAACCUGACCGCGACACAGAACUUGAUCAACGCCAAGAGUUAGAUGAGGAUACACCUUUCGAAAUUGAGGAUUUGGAACAAUUGAUGUCUGAAAUCGGGAACAUGCGUGACAGCUUGAGAUUGAUGCCUGAUUUUCAAAGACGAGAAAUGGCUGCAAAACUGGCCAUGAAAAUGGCAUCCAUGUUUGGGGGCGAGAGUGAUAAUGAACAGGAAAGUUGAUGCUUAAUAACGGGCUAUUGAUAUUUAAGUAAACCCUACAUCCCUGAGUUUCCCACAUGCUGGUAACUUAAGGGAAUCAGCGGGUCUUCUUCAAGUAAGGAAAACGAUGGAUGAGCUUUUUGAAGAUAUUUUGUGCUCGGUCUGUCCUCUGCUUCUCAGGUGCUGUUGCAGAAUAGACAUAAAUCACUAAUGCUCAUAAGCUAGGCUGAAUCUUUAAAGUUGUAAGAACUUGUGUUUUUAUUCAAACAGUGGUUAUUUUAGGAUAGUACACAUAUAGGAGGCCAAAUCAACAAGUUAUCUUCUUAAAACCUUUUUGUAUGAACACAACCAGCUGUGGUGUCUGAUGAUGAUUCAAAACUUCGAUGUGUAACUUGAUUCCAUUUAUGAUGAUUCAGAAAUUUCAGUAA